AUGUAUGCAAAGUGGGAAAACUCGAUGUGCAGUCUGGAGGGUUCAGAUGCAAGUUUGGCCUCAGUUUUAGAGUCUCUUGAGUUCUGCAUACGGGUUCGUGGUUCUGAAGCAUGUGUUUUAGAAGACUUAGCAAAGGCAAUCGAUUUGGUCCAUAUACGGCAGGAUCUAGUUGAAAGUGGCCAUUCUCUGUUAGAUCAUGCUUUCCGUGCGCAGCAAAAAUAUGAAAGAACAACUAACUACUGCCUAGAUCUAGCUUCUGAGCAAGAGAAUACAAUAUCAGACCAAUGGUUGCCUGAACUUAGGACUGCAGUCCAGAAUGCUCAAGCUUCCUCUGAGCACUGCAAAUACGUCAGGGGUUUGCUUGAUGAAUGGUGGGAACAGCCUGCAGCAACAGUGGUUGAUUGGGUUACUGUAGAUGGUCAAAGUGUUGCAGCUUGGCAAAACCAUGUCAAACAGCUUCUUGCCUUUUACGAUAAAGAAUCAUUGAGAACGUAAAAACCCCCAUCGUGGCCCGCUCAAUUCUCAUUAUACACACUAGUGAAUCUGAUCUUCUACAACAAUGUAUGCAAAGUGGGAAAACUCGAUGUGCAGUUUGUAAAGAAAAUGGUAACUCUUCUUCUUCUCUUUGUGUGUGUCGUCGUUAUAGUUCCUCAGGUUUUAUUUUUAACAUCAUUGCGGGAAACUAAUGUGUUUCGCCAUUUGUGUUUUGUGUUUUUUUAUCAAGUAUCUCUGUUUUUCUGAUUCUCUUAAUCAGUCUUGUAUCACGAGGUUUGUGUUUCCAUACAUUCUUAGCUAAUAUGAAUCAGGUUUCUGCAACUUUGUAUGCCCUUCUUUUAUCUUUGAGAGAGAUAAAGACUGUGUUGCCAA